AUGUUCGAAGAAUUGAAGGAAGAGCGGGAAAAGUUCGCAGCGAAGAUACAGUCUUUACAGAGGGCCAGACAUGAAAGCUUAGUCCGCUCGUUCUAUUCUCUCCAGCCUCAAAAGUCCCAAUCCCUAUCGCGACUUUAUAGCCAGACAAUUGAGCCGGUAUUAUGCAGUAAAAGCGGUGAUGAGACAAGAGCAACCAACCAGGUCGAUCUCCUUGCCGAGUCAAUUACUGAUCCAGAGAAGAUAUAUGGUGAGAAGCUCGAUAGCAUUGCUAAUAUUACUAAUGUAUCACAGGAUAAAGCGAGCAGCACAGUGCCUCCGGCGACCACAGCCGAUAAUUCAUCAGAAACAUAUUGUUCCCCUACCACAUACAAUGUAAUACGUAGCGGAUACCAGCUGUGUGACAGCGAUAGCUCUUUCGGCAACUACAACACGAUUGAUGUUCUCAACCAUUUAGCUGUUCACAGCCAGGCGACAAACGAAGAAAGAGACGAAGAAGUAAGUAUCCCGGCGGCUGUGCACACCCCAGUGACGCGGCACACAGAAACUGUAGCUCACCGUGUGAACGUGACCAAGAAUGCCGUAUCUGCGAACAAGAUAGACUAUCGGCAGGCUGGGACACACACCCCUAGCAGAGAUCCAUCAACACAAAGUCACAAGCAAGCUAACAAGGGAACAAUGACGCACAGCCUGUGUCUCAAGUCAGUCGCUAUACAGGUCCAUAGCCAGCCACCAAAGGCCUCCGACCACAGACAAGAUGUUAAAAAGAAAUUAACAGUUUCAGCCUUCGUGCACCCCAUUAGAAAACAGCCCAAAAUAGAGUACCACCCCGGUGCCAUAUCAAGCCUGGUGCAUCCUGCGUAUAGCUCUUCUGUGCUCCAAUCAUACACAGAAAUAUAUAAAAGCCUCAGCAACACUAGCAAAGCGAUACUGAGCAGCUAG